UGUCUUCGUUGAAGCCACAAAGACCGGAGAGGGAAACAAUCUGUUCGUUUUCUCUAUACUUAUCAUACUAGUGUAGCCAGUCUACUUCUCCCUCUCUUUGGUAUAUGUUUUUGGCGGUUAUUUAUAAGUUCGUGAAGCAAUGGAAAAUCUAAACAUGGCAUUGGUUUUGUCUGCGAGUCCGAAACUAGUGUUUAGUAACGCUGGUUUCAGGAACCCUGCCAUAGAAAUCUCCAGGCUCAGAAGAAACUCUUCCUUUGCUGUGCCCUUUACGCUUCAGUCUGCGAGAAUUGGGGCCAGGACCUCUAGAAUUUCUUUCUGUGCCCGUGCUGAUCCUCGUCGAAUCGCCCAAAAUGGGAAAGUUGGAGCUGAUGUUUUCGCCAAUUUAUCUUCUUCAACUGGUCAACAUACUUCUUCAGUUGGCGUUAACCCGAAUUUAACAGUGACACCACCAUCAUCGAGCAUAGGUUCGCCUCUGUUUUGGGUUGGAGUGGGUGUUGGUCUCUCAGCACUAUUUUCAUUUGCCGCAUCAAGAUUGAAGCAAUAUGCAAUGCAACAAGCUAUGAAAACUAUGAUGAACCAAAUGAAUACUCAGAAUAACCAAUUUAGCAAUGCUGCCUUUUCUCCGGGAUCACCUUUUCCCUUUCCAACUUCGUCACCAUCAGGGCCCAGUACACCUUUUACGCCUCCUUCUCAACCUUCAGUUACCGUUGAUGUGCCUGCUACAAAAGUAGAAGCAGCUUCUGCUACUGUAGUAAAAAACGAAACAGAAUUUAAGAGUGAAACAAAAGUGGAGGAACCAAAAAAAUAUGCUUUUGUUGAUGUUUCCCCAGAUGACAUCUUACAAAAAGGUCCUUUUGAAAACUUUGAAGAUUCGGAAACUAGUUCAUCUAAGGAUUCUCAGUUCCAAGAAGUUGCACAAAAUGGACCCACUUUCAAGCAGGGUGUAGGUGACUCUCCAGGGGCACAAUCUACAAGCAAAAUGAAAGGUGCCUUGUCAGUGGAGACUCUGGAGAAAAUGAUGGAAGAUCCAACAGUGCAGAAGAUGGUUUAUCCAUACUUGCCUGAGGAGAUGAGGAAUCCAACUACUUUCAAGUGGAUGCUACAGAAUCCUCAAUAUCGUCAGCAAUUGGAGGAAAUGCUGAACAAUAUGGCUGGAAGUGAAGAAUGGGACAAGAGGAUGAUGGAUACCUUGAAGAACUUUGAUCUUAACAGUCCUGAAAUUAAGCAGCAGUUUGAUCAAGUUGGACUUACACCUGAAGAAGUUAUCUCUAAGAUUAUGGCCAAUCCUGAUGUUGCCAUGGCAUUUCAGAAUCCGAGAGUUCAGGCCGCCAUAAUGGAUUGUUCACAGAAUCCCCUGAGCAUUACAAAAUACCAAAAUGACAAGGAGGUCAUGGAUGUUUUCACCAAAAUAUCAGAACUCUUCCCUGGGGUGACUGGUUCACCUUGAUUUUAGUUUGUUGACAGCUGCUGUUUUCUGGGGUUCAUCAUGUUCAAUAUUUUUUCCAGAGCAACAAGUAUAAUCAGUAGACACGCAAAAAAAAAAGGGUGCAAUUUCUCAGGUAAAUUCUCUUCAGAUGGCAUCUAUGAUGUGAGCUUUGCAAGUUUUGUAAACUAGCUAUUAGUUAGAUGUUAACUUCGGCAUUAUUUGGGCAUUAACUGGAUACAUGUUUUAUAAAAUUUGUGCUUGUCUUUUAAUCUGCUUUUUACCUCAAAUCGUUCAACUUGUGAAAUAUAUUUGAGAUUAUGAUAUUAUCACAUCUCAAAGACAUUUUAUUGUAUAUUAUAUACAAUUAUUUGAAGACAUUUUCCAA